CGCACAUUAGGUUGAAAUGCGGCACGCGCACACGUGAAACAAGUGAGCCGAGAAAUUACAAACUAUGAACAUUUUCCAUACAUAAUACGCCUGAGUUUUGAAGCUGUUGGAAAAUGAAGUUUUCAUACAGGUUCUCGAAUCUCCUCGGAGCGGUGUAUCGACAUGGGAACUUGAAUUUCUCGAAGGAUGGCAACUCCGUUAUCAGUCCAGUGGGGAACCGAGUUUCCGUAUUUGACCUAAAGAACAACAAAUCAGAGACGCUGCCAGUGUCUACCAACAAGAAUAUCACAUGUGUUGGUAUUUCUCCUGACGGUAAUCUGGCCAUUUUGGUCGAUGAGGAUGGAGCUGCGAUACUGGUGAGCCUGGUCACGCGUGCCAUUCUGCAUCAUUACCAUUUCCACAAACCUGUCAGUAGUGUGAGCUUCUCCCCAGAUGGCAGAAAGUUUGUGAUCACCAAAGAGAAUGUGGCACUGAUGUACCAUGCCCCGGGGAAGAAGAGGGAGUUCAACGCCUUUCAGCUGGACAAGAGUUACUAUGGCCCUUACGAUGAGACCACCUGCAUCGACUGGACCACCGAUUCCAAGUGUUUUGCCGUGGGCAGUAAGGACAUGUCCACCUGGGUGUUUGGAGCGGAGCGCUGGGCCAACCUAAUCUACUACUCCCUGGGGGGGCAUAAGGAUGUGGUGGUGGGCUGCUUCUUCGAGAAGGAUAGCUUGGAUCUGUACACGGUGAGCCAGGACGGCGCCCUGUGCAUGUGGGAGAGUGACACAGAGCCGGAGGAACUGAAGAAAGGCCUGACAUACAAGGAGCGGAAACAGAAGCAGCAGCAGCAGGAGGAGGAGGAUGAAGAGGAAAUGGGAGCGGAAGUGGAGGAGGGAGGAGAGAUGAGGGCCGAGGUGGUCAGAGGAAGCACUGACAAGCCCAAGGAUGUGGAGGGGGAAGUCAAGAACGUGCGCUACAAGCAGAGGAGCAAGCAAUUCUUCAACAAAGAGGGCGACUUCAAUAAGCUCACCGCCGCUGCCUUUCACAAGGACACUCACAUCCUGGUCACUGGUUUCGCCUCCGGAAUUUUCCACUUGCACGAGCUGCCAGAGUUUAACCUCAUACACUCCCUCAGUAUUUCUGACCAGAGGAUCGCCACCAUUGCUAUGAACGGUCCCGGGGACUGGAUUGGCUUCGGCUGUUCAGGCCUGGGCCAGCUGUUGGUGUGGGAGUGGCAGAGUGAGUCCUAUGUCUUCAAGCAGCAGGGUCACUUUAACAACAUGGCGGCGCUGGCCUACUCUCCAGAUGGCCAGUAUAUCGCCACGGGGGGAGAUGACGGAAAGGUGAAGGUGUGGAACACCAACAGUGGCCUGUGCUUUGUGACCUUCACGGAGCACACGAGCAGCGUGUCCAACGUGGCCUUCACCUCCAGCGGCUUUGUGGUGGUCAGCGCCUCACUGGACGGAACUGUACGUGCCUUCGACCUCCACAGGUACAGAAACUUCCGCACCUUCACAUCCCCCCGGCCGGCGCAGUUCUCCUCCCUGGCUGUGGACGGCAGUGGCGAGCUGGUGUGCGCUGGAGCACAGGACUCCUUUGAGAUCUUCCUCUGGUCCAUGCAGACUGGCCGACUUCUGGAGGUCCUCAGUGGUCACGAGGGCCCGGUGAGCAGCCUGUGCUUCUGUCCGACGCGCUCGGUGCUGGCCAGCGUGUCCUGGGACCGCACGGUGCGCAUGUGGGACAUGCUGGACAGCUGGCACGCCAAGGAGGCUCUCCGCCUCACCUCAGAUGGGCUUGCCGUAACGUACCGUCCAGAUGGGCAGGAGCUGGCGGUGGCGACGCUGGAUGGUGAGAUCUCCUUCUGGAACGCACAGACUGGAGCGCAGACGGGGUCCAUCGCGGGACGACAUGACCUUCAAAUGGGACGCAAGGACACCGACAAGAUCACCGCCAAACAGUCCGCCAAGGGAAAGUCCUUUAACUCCCUGUGCUAUUCUGCGGAUGGGGAAUCUCUCCUGGCAGGAGGCCAGUCCAAGUUUGUCUGCAUCUACAGCAUACGGGAGCAGGUCCUCCUCAAGAAGUUUGAGAUCUCCUGCAACCUCUCCCUCGACGCCAUGGAGGAGUUCUUGGACAGACGGAAGAUGACAGAGUUUGGCAGCCUGGCGCUGGUGGAUGAGGGAGCGGGAGAUGGGGACGAGGUGGAGGUCAGCCUGCCUGGAGUCAGGAGAGGUGAUAUGAGCUCUCGUCACUUCAAGCCAGAGAUGCGGGUCAGCUCUCUGAGGUUCUCUCCUACUGGACGCAGCUGGGCGGCCACGUCCACGGAGGGCCUGAUGAUCUACUCUCUGGACGCCUCCCUGGUGUUCGACCCGUACGACCUGGCGCUGGACGUGACGCCGAGCAGCGUGCGGCGACAGCUGAAGAGGGGCCAGUGGGCCUCCGCCAUCCUGCUGGCCUUCCGCCUCAACGAGAACGCCCUCAUCAGGGAGACCCUGGAAGCGUUGCCACACCAGCAGAUUCCCGUGGUGUGCGGCACGUUGCCAGAUGUGUACGUGGAGAAGCUGCUAGCGUUUGUUGGGGCCACUCUGGAGAAUAGCCGACACCUCCAGUUCUACCUCACCUGGGCCCAGAGCUUACUCACCAUACAUGGGCAAAAACUAAAGAACAGGGCUGGAGCCAUACUCCCCGUUAUCCAGUCCUUACAGAAGAGCGUCCAGAGGCAUCAUGACGAUCUCUCCAAGUUGUGUGACUGGAACGUGUACACGCUGCGCUAUGCUGUGGCCCUAUCCAAGCAGAGAGGAGUGAAGCGGGUAGCGACCAGUGAGCUGAGUGAGGAAGAGGAAGAGGAGAUGCUUGGAGACUCGGAGGAGGAAGAUAACCUGAUGGGUACACCGCUCAUGGCAGAGACUGAGCUCUUUGCAUAGGCAGUUACAGGGCUCAUUUGCCAUGUGUGCACACAGGACUGCCAUAGACUUACUGUGUGCAUGUCUGUGGUUUACAAAAAGGACUGCCAUAGACUGACAUUGCAAACUCGUCUUAACGAGUGCAUAUCUGUGGUUGAAAAAGUACCCUUUCUCACUGUGCAAAGACAUGAGCAUGGUUGCCCAGAUAUGGAGUGGAGGUGACGUUGAGUCUGUUGUGAAGAUAGGAGCAGAGGUGGGACAGAAAGGCAAGUUACACCUCACAAAUCAUGAAGGGCCUUACAAGCCUCCAGCAGUCCUAUUCCAGAACCUUUUAUUGUGUUUAAAAAUGCCUUUUUUACUUUGUGAAAAAAAGAUCAUUCUUGAUUUUUUUUGCUCUUUAACGUCUUUACGGUUUGUGUCUUCAAGGUUGGUUGUGUGUCCAUUCAGUGUGUUUAUAUUUUAAAUAAAUAAAAAAAAUGAAACCCUGUUCAA